AAGGCAGCAGGACAGUGAGCAGGUAGAGAGAGUGUCAAUGAGAUCCCAGGGGAGCGAGAGACAGUCCGGGAGGUAGACUUUUCGGACGGUGUUAUAACUGUACACGGUGUCUCUCCGCCUUAUCAAUUUCAUAUGGAGCUCACAAGGAGUUUGGACCACUUUGAUGUCGUACUUUUUGCAGUGUUUCUACGCUGUAAUCGUUGAUGGGUUUUGAUAAACAAAUCAUUUUCCCUUCGGGUGUUCUCAGGAGGAUCGUAUCUAAUUUCUUACAGUGCAGCGGAGGCACUGAACUCAGGGGAAUGCCUGUGUGAGUGUGUGUAUGAGUGUGUGUUUUUCCCACAGCGAGCUGGUUUAAAUGAAGACCGACUGUAGAAAAUAAGUAGAUAGGUCUGUUAGAGAAGUCGCUUUGGUUCUCAGACUCAGUAGAAUUACCAAGUUUUAAGUGAAGUAAGGCAACGGUCCAUUUGCUCUGGUUAAUAAUUAGAUAGAGCGGCUGCAUUUAACAACUAUUUGGUUGUAAAAUAUAUAUAUAUAUAUAUAUUACCCAACUUUUUGGCACUGCUGUCUGUCAACAUGCCUUCUAACUUUCCGGCGGCAACCUGUAACCCAGCCUUUGAAGUUCAAGUUGUCGCCCUUUGCCUUUAUUUUGUGUGUGGAAUUAUCCAGAAAACGUAGCGGUCCACGGGGAUGUGCGGUCUUCUGACGCUGUGGGUUUUUUUUUGUGUCAACCCGUGUUUGGUGGUGAAAAAGUGCGAUUUGUAAGGUCCAGUGAACGGCGUACACACUGUCAUAUUAAUAUCAGUUUGGAUACGGAUGAAGAAAGACCUGCCCUUCUUCUGGGAGAGAGAGAGAGAGAGAAGAGGAUACAGUAGCUCGUCCAGACCGAGAAACACGCUACAAAUGAGGACGUUUGCUGUGUCGUCUCGUGAAGACCCGGCUGCUGGAAGUCAACGCACACUUCAAGCCCCCGCACAACACGGCGUGUCUCCGCGGUGCCUUCUGAGCGUGCAGUCUCUUCACCACCCACAUUACUGACACUGGAUAAAAGUUCAUUCGAGCUUAUUGCAUCUCUGAAAGGGUUUUUUCCUUCUUCCCUGUAACAACGCGCUUUGUUCCAUGUGGGCACUCACCGGAGGGAUAGGCUUUUUCCUACAACGGGCAGAGCUUGAAUAUUAACUCCCGGUGCUGAAUGGAAGUUUUGGGACGUUCACGCGCCUGUAUGAUGGCAGUCCUCCGGCUUUAAAAGUUUGGAUUGUAUCCGUUUAGCGUUUUGUCGUCGAGGCAGGAAGAAGAAGCGGGACGUGUACUAUAUACAUACAUAUAUUAAAUAUUCUCUCCGCCUGUCUCUCCGCGGUGCUCGCCUGCUUUGAAGUCCACCAUGUGCGGCCGGGCACCGCCGCUACAGCCGAGGCCAUGACCGUCCCGCAGCGGCGCCUGUCCGGGCUCUGGCCGUGGCUGCUCAUGGCGGCCCUGCAGGUAGUGCUGGGCCAGCCGGGCCUGGAGUCCGAGCGGCCGGUCCUCCGAGCGGUCAUCAAGGUGUCACUGCUGAACCACGAGCUGACGGGGAAAACCAUCACUCUGGAGGGGUUGUUCGUAGGAGGAAGUGCCGGCUACGCGGAGGGGAAACUAAUGCAGUAUCACCCUCUGUCUCUGUGCAACACAAGCGAGGAUGAACGACAAGAAAGUGACUUCAUCACCAUUGUCAAACUGGAGCACAGGGUACCCCGCUGUCUGCCGCUGCUCGAUAAGGCCCGCAUGGCACUGGACAAAGGAGCUCAGGCUGUUAUCUUUGAUGUCAGUGAUGAUGCCAAUGCUGCUGCUGAGCUGCGAGAAACGGACUCCCUUCUGCGUCCAGUCGUGCUGGUGGAGGCGGAGGACGCCGAGGAGUUGAUGGGUCUGGUCAACAAGAACGAGGAGGCCAAAGUUCGUAUUGAGAUCAUGGUGGAGCAGCCCAGAUGGCCUCAUUAUGAUGUGGGCAUUCUGCUCACCAUUGUCCUCGCUAUUCUGACCAUCGUCCUAAUCUUCGCUUUCCGCUACAAGUGCAAGUCCAACAGGACCUGGGACUCUGUCCAUCAGCAGACCAUGCAGGCCAUCAGUCGACUGGAGACCACGACCUACAGCUCCCAGGGCUGCUCGGGCUCCCAGCACCACCGAGCGGCCUGGGGGUCAGCCAGCAGCUCCAACUCCAGCCCCGUCUGUGCCAUCUGCCUGGAGGACUUCCAGGACGGCCAGCAUUUGAGGAUCAUCUCCUGCGCUCAUGAGUUCCACAAAGACUGCGUCGACCCCUGGCUGCUGCAACACCGCACCUGUCCCCUCUGCAUGCACAACAUCAUGGGGACGGAGCGGCAGCCCCAGAGGACCAGGCUCCAGCAGAGUCCAGAGCAAAGCCAGGGUUUCCUGCACUCUCAGCCUUACAGCGGCCCGCGCAACCACCUCUUCCCCCAGCAUGCCAUCCCCUUCUCUAUGAGGCCCCACUAUCCUCGUGGACCCUCCGGACCUUAUCCCUCGCUGGGCCACUACACUGGCCCUUCCGCUGUGGAACCCCAAACGCUACAUUUCCUGGCCAGCAGGCCGCUUGCGUCCGGCUGUGGGUACCACCUUCCUGCAGAGGGUCCCGGGAGGCCCCACAGGAUUGGAGGUAACUGCAGGACGUCCACGCACCACUACACCCCCCGUCGGUCCUGCCACAACUAUCGCUCAUCCUGUCCGGCCCAGCGCAGUGCGUCCAGCUCGCGACUGCACCACACCGCUUCCGUCACGCAACACCCCCGUGGCGCGCCGGCCCACGGCAGGCAGGACGACGGCAGCUGCUCAGGCGGCAGCUACCACACGGAGCGCAGCGGAUACAUGGCCGACGGGCCAGCAAGUGACUCCAGCUCGGGGCCCUGCCACGGCUCCUCCAGCGACUCUGUUCUCAACUGCACCGACGUGUCCCUGCAGGGGGUUUAUGGCAGCUGGUCCACCUUCCGUAGCUCUCUGAGCAGUGACUACGAUCCGUUUGUGUAUUAUGGGCCAGGUUCUGGGCGCCCCCCCCGCAGGAACAGCCUGGAGGCGAGCGCCCAGGCCCGGCCCAGGUCUCUGGAUUCUGUGGUGAACAAAGCAGGCUGCCCUGAAGAGCAGCCGCAGACUGUGUUCAGCCACAUCCACUACCACCGCCACAGACACCACCACUAUGAGGAGGGGGAGCACAGCCAGGGCCCGAGCAGAGGCUCGGACGAGGAGCAGGGGGCCGCAACUGCUGCUGCUGCUGCUGCACCUGCUGCUCUUGUCCUUGAAAGAGACUUGCCUGUCUGCCCUCCUAAGCACAGCCCCUGCCAGUGCCCAAAGCCAGACCCCACAGAUCGGCCCAGUCCUGGGACAGAGUGCCAGGACCAUGACCCCAGCGGCCCUACGGGACCUCCUGUACGGGUGUCCUCAAUCCCUUUACAGCUUCAACCACACUGCUGCCACCAGGGACACGGACACCCUCCCGCUCCUCUCGAGCGAGUGGGUGGUUGUGUGCUUGAUGGCCCCUCUGUUCGCUUCCACCAGAGCCUAGACCUGCAGGACGACCGUAGCAUCCACAUCCACUACGGUCAGGGCCCGGGCUUCUGCUGCUCGCCUCCUGAACUGCACCCUGCAUUGCUCCCCGUGCCCCUCAUUCUGGACUCUGGAGGUAUGGAGGACUGGCCUUGCUAUGCCGGGGCUCACGUUGUGUGGCAAAAGCGGGUGCAGCAGGCCCGCUCAGAGCCUCAGCUCUUGGGGCCUGGGACCUCUAUGGACAGGCCACCAUGCAGGUUCCACCACAGCCCCGCCGCCGACCGCAACACAGACAUUUGUUUGUACUGCCAAACAUUACACCACAAUCAGGGAUCAGAAGAGGAGUCCGGUGUGUGAGAACUCGUUGCAUCCCCGUUAUCACGCUGCUACACAGGAGCCAGAAUGGACAAGCCUCUCUCAUUGGCUAUCGCUCUCAUGUCUUCCACUUAAUUCCACCAGCUAUGCCUUCCUUCAGACGAUUCCCCAGCUGAGAGCUGAGUUAGAUUGAAAUUACCGUGAUUUAAUAAUGCUAAAAAAAGAAAUUGACCCGGCCCUUCAUAAUGUUGUAUAUGAAAAUAUAUUGAAUGAUUUGAAUGUUUGUGAGUUGCUGGGGAAACGACUCACCACGACGGGAAAAAAGUGUUUUUCUGUUUCUCCUCAUCAGCUACAGGAAGAAUAUUCAUUACCGACAUGAUGUCACAAGUUCCCAUGCUCCUUCAAGACAAGCGACGAAUGCUCCUCGCUUCGGGCGUCGAGCCCUCGUGGAGUGAGACUCCGUCUCUGCAUCGCUCACUCUAUUGCAACAUAACUUGAUUUGUUCUAGAGGUACUUACUUUCGUCUUCCUUCUCCAGCCUACCUCAGCUCAGAUUUCUUAACAUGCCUCACACAGGGGGGUCUUUAAAGGUACUGCUGUAGUGAUGUUUUUUGUUUGUUUGUAGCUCCCAUGAACUCCACAGAAAGUUAUCCUCCUGGCAGUCUGGCCUGUCCAAAUGGAGAGAGAGGUUGACGCUCAGCCCCUCGAACAGCGAGCAUUCGUUGAGGUUGCUGAGCCUCGCAUGGGCCCUGUUUUCAUUAUUUCAACAAUGGCAGCUGUUUUCAACAUGUUUGUUCUAUGUGUUUGGAUCAUUUUCUGUUUUUGUUGUUUGCAGUCUGUGAUUUUUUUUUAAACCUUUCAUAAUGAACCGGUUUGACUGAAUUAUGUCGUCGUCAUUACGAGCUGUCGUCUCGUUCUCAUUGUUUCUCUUGCCAACGGUUACGUCACAUGUUUGACCUCAGUGCUGUCAAAGCCCCGAUCAGUGCGGAGUGAACAGGCCUCUCUCCUCUGCUACCUUAAUGCCCAAUUCAUCACAAUGUUGUAUUAUCCUCCGAUCAGGAUAUGCUCUCCAGUUGUCUUCCAGCAAUUUAGAAUAGAAAAGAGACAGUGACUUUUUAAUUGUAUAACUGGAGUUAAGCCAUGCUGGGUAAGACCUUACAGUCCCAAGCAUCAGCCCGGUCUGUUGCCGUAGCACCAGUUUCACCAAAGCUCGGUGUUCUUUUCCCAUGAUUUCAAACUGUAAUGGGUAUACAGCCUGAGAAAUGUCUCAGGAACAAUCAAACACUGGAAAAAAUGGGAAGAAUUCAUCUUAGUUACAGUAAUGAUACCGGAAUCGGUAAAAAAAACAACAAUCUUUUGUCGUGGUAAAUGUGCAUUGCUAAUCCGUGAUUUUGCAGCUUUGAAGGAAGAUCCACCUUAAAUCAGAAAUCAGAUACAGUAUUUUAAAGAUUUAUUUGUAUUUUUUUAUGUUGAACCAUUCCUCAAGGCUAUAAACAACAGAAUCCAGGUUUACAUCUCUGUUGCCUAUUAUUCCCUCUCCUCCUGUUUAGCUGCUCAGGCAGACUUGACGGACAGAAGAUGUGUUUGUACCCGAGGAGAAUUACUCCGAACACAUCAGCUGUGUAAACAACAGUGAAACGGGCCUGCUGAACCACACACGGGCUCAAUGACCUGAGACCAGAGGAGUUCUGUUCUAGCGUGGACUUUCCCUUAAAGGCUCAGUGAAAAUGUGAAAAGGAUUUUUUUUUUCUCAGCAGUCACACUUCAGAUAAAGUUUAAUAAUAGCAGACAAGGAGCUCAUGGGUAUUGCAAUGUAACCAGUAGCACUUACUAAAGCCUCAUAUGUGCCUUAUUCAUUCAGACAUGCUCAUCAUCCUUAAUAAGGAACCUCCCAACACACUAAGCCCAUGCCUGUCUAACCAAAGAGGCUACAUAUUGAACACAGUGAACUUAUUAGAGGAUACCUUGUGCCUCCCCCCCUGCUUCAAGGCUUUCCUUAAAUCUCAGAAUGAAAUGUGCUUUCAAUGACGAGAGAGAGCAUGCCAGAAUUAAAGAGCAGAUCAUCAAUAUUUUGGACAAUCAUGCAGACAUCUUCCACUGCAGUCCCGUUGUACUAAUACCUCACUUUGAAUGUGUGCUAAAGUAUCAGUGUUUCCUUGUCUGUUAUUGUUCGCACCCAAACAGUCUCGGAGACUUGAGAUGGAAAUGACUGAAUUACAAGCAGCACUUUGGCUUGAGCUGGUUUUAUAAUACAAAAAAUAACAACAUAAAACAUAUAGUAUUCAUUUUGGAAAAAAGCCCAGAACCUUUAGCACAUGGAUAAUAGCGUUGAGUGAUGCCGCAGAAUAUCUGAUGCGAUGUCACCCUGUUCAAGAUCUUUCUUUGUGUUGUUUUAUGUGUUUUGUUUUGUUAUGUUUUGCAAGAAUAAUGAGCUGAAACUGCCUUUUUCUAUGAGUAAACAAAUCCCUCCACAACGUUCAGGGGUAUGUCGGUAUAUUUUGGAUACUUUAUGUACAAAACGAGAACAAAAAAAAACAACCCAGAAAUGAAAUAGUGUUGUAUUUUAUAUAUAAUAGAACAUUUCAAUAUAGUGACAUGUCACUAAUAUAUUUAUUUACUAAUAUAUUUAUCCAUUUUGUCCAGGUUUGAAAGAGUGGUUUCUGUAUAGACUGAAUGUUUCUAUAUGGAAACUGACCAGUGCCAUCACAGAUGUAUCAACCUGUCUUCAUUCCAAUUAUAUGCAAAUAAAUUAUUUUGAA